AAACUACUAGAAUACUUCAGAGAGAGAAGAAGGAAUAACGUGUAGGCUACCAGACCAACAGGCCACCACUCGCCUGCAGAUCUUUAAACCCCUGACCCAGGCACAAUCAUUAUGUCCUCAACCAAGUACAUUCAGUACCAUGACAUUUUUCUGUCCUUUGGCUCUCACAGCAAGGAGAGCUUGGAGUACGCCCAAAAUUUCUCUGUAGAAGACACCGAUGUAUUUGCUGUGACUUACCCCAAGUCAGGUACAGUCUGGAUGCAGGAGAUCCUCCCACUGGUGCUGAAUGGGGGGGAUCUGACACCGAUCCAAACCCUUCCUAACUGGGACAGGGUCCCCUGGCUGGAGCAGAAAAGAUUAGCAUUGGUUGUGGAUCAGUUGGCAUCUCCACGGGCGCUGGUCACACAUUUUCCUUACCGCCUCAUGCCCCCUUCCUUCCACACCUCCAAAGCCAAGGUGAUCUAUGUCAUGAGGAACCCUAAGGACGUCAUGGUGUCUUCAUAUUUCUUCCAUCAGAUGGCCGAAUUCCUCGAGGAUCCAGGAACCUUUGAUGAAUUCAUGGAUAAAUUCCUUGAGGGCAGAGUGACAUUUGGAAAAUGGACAGACCAUGUGAAGGGCUGGAGAAACACAGAGCUGGGAGACAGAAUAAUGUACAUCACAUAUGAAGAAAUGGCUAAGGACCUCCCUGCAGCUGUCAGGCGUUUCUCAGAUUUUCUGGGCCGUAAUCUGAGUGAAGAAGUCAUUCAGAAGAUAGCAGAACAUUGCUCCUUCAAGACCAUGAAGACCAACAAAAUGUCCAACUUUAGCCUGGUCCCUAAGGAGUACAUGAACCCCGACAAAUCUCCCUUCUUCAGGAAAGGUGUUGCCGGAGACUGGGAAAACCAUUUUAGCUCAGAGCAACUGGCCAGAUUCACAUCGGCCAUUCGCAAAGAGCUGGAGGGUGGGAGCUUCUCUCUGCCAUGGAGCAUGGAUUGACCAUCAACCAAAGCAAAGAGAAAGGGAAAGAGUUGUAGAAAUGAGAUCAAGUGGGAAAUCGGUGAUAACUAGGCCAAAAUUUACUUUUGGUUUUAAUACUAGGCAUAUGACUAAAAGCAUUUUAUUGAUUUUAAAAACACUAAACACAUUUUAUGCUUCAUUGAUGUUUUUUGGUAGAUUAUUUUGUGAUAUUUCAUUGAGUGAUUAAUUAAACUUUUAAUUCACUAUUUUUGAAUUACUACUGCCCUGAUAUGUAUUCCUUGAGUAUCUUACGUGUAUUACUUAUUGCAUGCUUGCUUUGGCCUUAAAGUAUAUACUAAAGGAAAAGUCAUGUAUACUUGGUCAUCUUUUUCUUUAAGGGAUACGUCUGUAGAGCCCUGUUCUUUGUAGGUAGAUAAUCGAGUUAUUCAGAUUAGAAUGUUGAUGAUUUGACACAAAUCUGGAUUUGUAAUUCUUCUAAGCCGGUUAAAAAUCCAUGUGGAAC